UUGAAACAGUCUUGAAGCUCAAGAGAGAUGCGCCUGGUGCGGGGGCGACACUUCAUAGCGCCUUUAGGUUCCCGCAACUUUCUUCUGCAGACUUCAUCACUCUUUCUCCAUUUCGACUUUCAGGGUCGAUUAGGAAACCGUUUCACUGUCAUAGAAUUUGAAAGAGAGAGAGAUGGGGAACUGGGUGAACAAAGAGCCACCACCGCCAAUGGUGCUGGUCCCACCACUCUUCGAUUUCCCUCCUCUUGCUGCCCGUACCAGGAUGUUGGAGUCAUCGUAUAACUUGUUGUUUGGGAAGCUUGCAUUGAAAUGCCUGUUUGAGGACUAUUUUGAAGAAGCAAGGCAUUUUAGUACAAGAAUCAUGCUAAAGCCAAUUGAUGACCCCCACGUGGAUUUGAUUGCUACAGUUUCAUGUCCAGUCGAUUAUAAGCCUGAGGAGAAGAUUGUAGGAAAUGCCCUGUUUCGAUGGCAAAGUGAUCUUGAUGAUUCUCAUACAUUCAUGGAUCUUUUUGUGUCAAACUCUGAUCGGAUUUUACAAAUGAGGUCGAGCGCUUACUACCCUAAAUAUGGAUUGGGAGCAUUUGGCAUCUUUCCAUUGCUACUGAAGAAAAGAGUAUCUUCUGAAGAUUAUGGUGUUUUAGGAUUGAGAUACGGCUCUGGAAAUUUAUCAUUUGGAGCCACAUUUAUGCCUUUAUCUUUGAAAGAUGAAUGCCCAAAAAGUGCUUGGUUGGUAAGCAAGAUGGGAAGACUAACUGCUGGGGUACAAUACGAGCCAGAGUAUGGAAUUAAAGAUGGUGCAAAAUAUAAAAACUUAAGGAAUUGGAGUUGUGCAAUUGGCUAUGGAGUUGGAUCAAGUAGCCCCUUGAGCCCAUCUUUCAAUUUUGGUCUGGAACUCAACAAAAGUUCUCAGUUCAUUGCCUCAUUCUAUCAACACGUGGUUGUCCAAAGACGGGUCAAGAACCCCCUUGAAGAAGAUGAAAUAGUUGGAAUUACAAAUUAUAUCGACUUCGGCUUUGAGUUAAAGACAAGGGUUGAUGAUGCCAAGAUAUCAAACGAUAUCCCAGAGUCCACUUUGCAAGUAGCUGCAUCUUGGCAAGCCAAUAAAAACUUAUUGCUGAAGGGAAAGGUGGGACCUUUGAGCUCAACAGUAUCAUUGGCCUUCAAGUCAUGGUGGAAACCUUCUUUCACUUUCAACAUUUCAGCUACUAGGGAUCGCAUUUUUGGAAAGACGGCCUGUGGAUUUGGGAUUCGUGUUGAGAAUAUUAGAGAAGCCAGUUAUCAAAGAGCCGAUCCAAAUUUUGUAAUGCUUACACCAAGCAAGGAGCACCUUGCAGAGGGUCUCGUUUGGAAAAGUGGGAACCGACCUAUGCUUCAAUCAGACGUUAAGGCGGGAAAUUUUGAUGACUUGCCACGGGAAUUGAGGCCUUUUGAGAAAAUUUUGUAAUUGCUUUCUUUAAGUUGUAGGGAAUUUUAUAAAGCGGAUGGUCGAAGAGGUUUUCUAUUCAUUAAUAGGCCUUGGAUUCGUUGAUGUUAGUGAAAAUGAAGAAUUUGGGUAGGCAGUCA